AUGACGGAAAAAGAGAGUUCGAAGGAGGAUAAUGGGGUAGAAGACUUGCAGAUAUUUACAGGGAGUGCCUCCCAAGCUCGAAGGACAGCAUGGCAGAAAUCUUUUCUUUCAUCAUUUCAGGAAGACCCCAAAGAAGAUUGCGAGGCUCCGUUGCCAAUCAAACCUGCAGCUGCCUGCUUUGAAGAUUGCAACUCAAUAAAUGUAAAUGCAACGACGACAGAAAUCAAUAUUGACACAAAAGAAAACUUAACAAUAAGCAAUGUAACUUUUGCAAAUGGAACACUGUUCCGGGAUUCACCACUGACCAAUUCGACAGGAGGUCUUUCCCCUGGUGUACAAUACAUUAUCAACUUCCAAAAUAAUACAGAAUCAUGCUGCAAAAACAUUACAAAGCCCAGUCCAGUUUUUGACAUCGAGCCCACAAGUAUCGGCACAGAUCAAGUGACCUUAACGUGGAAAAACAAUGACACUGCUGCUCCUAAUUACACAUAUGUGAUACACAUUGAUGGGAAUGGAAUUUCUCCUACUCGGAACCAAACCUCCCAAAACAAAAGUGCUGUAAUUGUGGGAUUACAGCCUGGUACCCUUUAUAACUUCACAAUAGUUCCACUAGCAGCGGAUAACACGACUGAAGGAGACUCAAAAGUCAUACACAUCUAUACAAAGCCCAGUCCAGUUUUUGACAUCGAGCCCACAAGUAUCGGCACAGAUCAAGUGACCUUAACGUGGAAAAACAAUGACACUGCUGCUCCUAAUUACACAUAUGUGAUACACAUUGAUGGGAAUGGAAUUUCUCCUACUCGGAACCAAACCUCCCAAAACAAAAGUGCUGUAAUUGUGGGAUUACAGCCUGGUACCCUUUAUAACUUCACAAUAGUUCCACUAGCAGCGGAUAACACGACUGAAGGAGACUCAAAAGUCAUACACAUCUAUACAAAGCCCAGUCCAGUUUUUGACAUCGAGCCCACAAGUAUCGGCACAGAUCAAGUGACCUUAACGUGGAAAAACAAUGACACUGCUGCUCCUAAUUACACAUAUGUGAUACACAUUGAUGGGAAUGGAAUUUCUCCUACUCGGAACCAAACCUCCCAAAACAAAAGUGCUGUAAUUGUGGGAUUACAGCCUGGUACCCUUUAUAACUUCACAAUAGUUCCACUAGCAGCGGAUAACACGACUGAAGGAGACUCAAAAGUCAUACACAUCUAUACAAAGCCCAGUCCAGUUUUUGACAUCGAGCCCACAAGUAUCGGCACAGAUCAAGUGACCUUAACGUGGAAAAACAAUGACACUGCUGCUCCUAAUUACACAUAUGUGAUACACAUUGAUGGGAAUGGAAUUUCUCCUACUCGGAACCAAACCUCCCAAAACAAAAGUGCUGUAAUUGUGGGAUUACAGCCUGGUACCCUUUAUAACUUCACAAUAGUUCCACUAGCAGCGGAUAACACGACUGAAGGAGACUCAAAAGUCAUACACAUCUAUACAAAGCCCAGUCCAGUUUUUGACAUCGAGCCCACAAGUAUCGGCACAGAACAAGUGACCUUAAUGUGGAAAAACAAUGACACUGCUGCUCCUCUUUACACAUAUGUGAUAUACACUGAUGGGAAUGGAAUUUCUCCUAUUCGGAACCAAAUCUCCCAAAACAAAAGUGCUGUAAUUGUGGGAUUACAGCCUGAACCCAGUGCAGUUUCCAACCUCAAAGUUAUAAAUGUCAGCACAACAGAAGUAACCUUGACAUGGCAAAACAGUGAUGCUGAGGCUUCUAAGUACACUUAUAGGAUACUCUAUGAAGUUUAUGGAACUUCAUCUCCAGAAAACAUCACUUCUCCAAACAAGUCUGCUACCAUUACAGGAUUAAAACCUGGUACCUUGUAUGCAAUUACAGUCUUCGCACAAGUUGCAGGGACUGAAGGAGACUCCACCACCACAAAGACCUAUACAAAGCCCAGUCCAGUUUUUGACAUCGAGCCCACAAGUAUCGGCACAGAACAAGUGACCUUAACGUGGAAAAACAAUGACACUGCUGCUCCUCUUUACACAUAUGUGAUACACACUGAUGGGAAUGGAAUUUCUCCUAUUCGGAACCAAAUCUCCCAAAACAAAAGUGCUGUAAUUGUGGGAUUACAGCCUGGUACCCCUUAUACCUUCACAAUAGUUCCAGUAGCAGUGGAUAACACGACUACAGGAGACUCAGCAGUCAUACACAUCUGUACAAAUGCUGCACCAGUGUCUUCAUUUAACUGUAUACCAGUGACUAAAGAAGCUAAGUUAACACUAAAGUGGGAGCGCCCUGCUGGUGACAGUACUAACUUCACCAUUAAGACAUUCAGUGAUGCCUGGAGCAAUGAAACACUGGUUUUGGCUGGCAACCUAGGUACAACUGUAACAAAUUUAAAUUAUUCCACCUCCUACAAUGUUCGUAUUAUAACCCGUUCAUGUGGGAAAGAAAGCCUUCCAAAUCAAACAACAUGUGUUACAAGUAUCACUGACCCACCUGCUCCAGUAGAAAAGCCUAAUAUUACGUCAAUCACUCACAACUCCUUUAAAAUUCAGUUCAGUGGGUUUGUGUCAAAAAAUGGACCGCUAAAGGCCUAUGCAAUAGUAAUCACAACAGAUAAAGAAGGCAAUAAACCUACAAAUAGCAUCUUGAACUAUACAUACAAUGACUUCAAGGAAAAGAAAACAAACACUUACAUAACAGAUGUCAUAAACACUACGCAAAUGAGAGCCUUUUCCUCCCGUUCAGAUAGUUCACAAUAUGAAAUGGAAGUAGGAAAUACAGUCACAUCGGAUGGCUAUACCAAUGCACGGCUGGAACCACUUGGUUCAUACCGGGCGAGUGUUGCAGGUUUCACUAAAAUCGAAUUUAACAAUGGUAUUGUUGAAGAGAGAAGCUAUGUAUCAUUUACACCUUAUUCUCAGGCAAUUACAUUACCCCAGGAUCCAGGUGUCAUCACUGGAGCUGUUGUUGGAUGUAUUUUGGGUGCUGUGGCUAUAGCUACUGUAGUGGUAUUCGUUUUCUGGAGACGGAGAAGGAAAGAUGGAAAAAAUAGUGAGCUGCCCUUUUCUCCAAUUAGACCCAAGAAAUCCAAGUCAAUUAAAGUUGAAAACUUUGAGUCCUACUUUAAGAAACAGCAAGCUGACUCGAACUGUGGAUUUGCUGAAGAGUACGAAGAACUCAAGUCGGUGGGCAUUCAUCAGCCUAAAUUUGCAGCUGAACUUACUGAGAACAGAGGGAAAAAUAGGUACAAUAAUGUCUUGCCGUAUGACAUUUCCCGUGUUAAACUUUCGAUCCAAAACCAUCCCACUGAUGAUUAUAUUAAUGCAAAUUAUAUGCCCGGAUACAACUCCAAGAAAGAAUUUAUUGCUGCACAAGGCCCCUUACCCAACACUGUGCAAGACUUCUGGCGCAUGAUUUGGGAAAAAAAUAUCUAUGCUAUUGUUAUGUUAACAAAAUGUGUUGAACAAGGCAGGACAAAAUGUGAGGAAUAUUGGCCAGACAAAGGAUCCAACUAUUACGAUGACAUUACUGUAACAUUGGUCUCAGAGUAUGUCCUUCCAGAAUGGACAAUAAGAGACUUCACAGUGGAAGACAGGGAUGCAACUGAAAGCCACUCUGUACGCCAGUUCCAUUUCACUUCCUGGCCUGACCAUGGUGUUCCAGAGACAACAGACCUUCUGAUUAACUUUAGACAUCUGGUACAGGAAAACAUUAGACAAAAUCCCCCAGAUUCUCCUACUCUGGUGCACUGCAGUGCUGGUGUUGGCAGGACAGGUACUUUCAUUGCAAUUGACCGCCUGAUCCAGCAAAUAGAAAUGGAUAACAUCAGUGAUGUGUAUGGAGUAGUAUAUGAACUUCGAAUGCAUCGACCUUUAAUGGUGCAAACAGAGGACCAGUAUAUCUUCCUAAACCAGUGUGUUUUGGACAUUAUUAAAUCCCAAAGAAACAAAAAAUCAGACCUUAUCUACCAAAACACAACAGCAAUGGCAAUCUAUGAAAAUUUUGCACCAACACCAGGUUUUGAGAAGGCAAAUGGCUACCAUGCAUAA